AUGCUGCCAAGUGCUGGUGUCUAUUACUUCCCAUGGGAGAUCAACAGCUCAGUCCCGGAGGGAGAGGCACUGAGGACGUUUGGCAGGUUAUCCUGCUAUGACCUGGCCCAGUCCAAAGCUGUUCUCACCGCUCAGCACAGCUCAGCUCAGUACCGGGUCUGUGUCGACACCAAGUUUGUGGAGCCGUUCCAAGCUCAGCUGGGAUCUUGCUACAUAGUCCUGGGAGAGGCUGAACACAGAGAAGGUGGGAGUCCUGUGGUAAAGGCACGAAUAUUGACCUGCGUGGAAGGGAUGAACGUGCCCUUGCUGGAACAAGCCAUACAGGACCAGAGGAAAUACUUCAACGAGAGGCAGGAGCAGAUGGGAAACAGCAUGUCCUGA